UAUGUUCUCAACCUUUACACUAAACACCUUUUCAAUUUUACAUGAAAUCAUUUAUACCUCGUGACAAAUUUUGGAUGGUUUUCUUCCGAGACAUUCAAGAUGGAGCCCGAAGAAAUGGACUUUCUGUUCAACAUAGCGAUCAUCCGCGCCAAGCUGUUCAGGGAUUACCCGGACUCCGAAAAGAUCGAUGCGGUGGUCAAGUUCGCCGGCAACUCGCUGACCGUCCCGAACCGUCUCAUCAAUGUCAGUGAAUUCGACGUUAACCAGCAGUACCCCUUCUCGAAAACUUGUGAUGAUCUGCGUCAAGCGCUGGAGACUGACGGAGUUGUGGUGGCACUGCGCUAUGACAAGUCGUCGCUGGGCAACGCCAAGGUUUUCUUGCCAGACACACUUCUAGACAAGAUUGGACCCACAAUGAAUGAUAUUUUUUAUGAGGAAACCCUUCCCCUAAUGCGCCAGAAGAAUAGCAUCGGCACCGUAAACUUCCUCCUUGUCCUGAUGGCUAAGUGUGAGGAUAAUGAACAGGAUCAGUUCGAGCGAAAGCCCAGUGUGAGAUUUACCAGAAUGUCUAGAGCCAGUAUGAGCAGUGUAGACAUCCUUCAGCUCAGUUUACCGGAAAAGAAGAAGGAAGAGUGCUUCGGCCUGGGGCCGACUUUUAAUCCGCAGGACGUGCUCUUUGUCAUCGGAGAUCCUGAUCCACUCCUAAAGAUCCCCGACGAACCCUGCUCCGACCUCCAGAUGGAGGAGGGCGAUGAGCGACUCAGGCUGGAUCUGCAGCGCUACCGAAGUUUUAAUCGUCGCGUCAUCUUUCCGACCGAUGAUCCCCAGCAGAAACCCUCGCUCAGACAAUUGAAGAAGCUCACAGAUAAGUUCGGUAAAAUUAUAGAUUCGGUGGCCGAGAAGAUGGAGCGAGCGCGCAUGCCCACCAGUUUAAUGGCCCAGGAAUCGCUUUUUGGGAACGCAAGGACACCGAAGGAGGUCGGCUCUGAGCGCUGGAUCCCAGUGCCAAUAGAGUCCGAAGAUGACUAUGGCGUGAAGCCAAUUCGCUACUGUCCCGUCUGCCUGUACUCGAUGUCCUGGCUACCGAGAUAUACCCCCUGCCCCAAGUGCAACACCAGACCACGUCCCGUGCUGAGGGAAGAGAGGCAGAUGACCGCCAACGAAAUCGUGGCCGAGCAGCUGGUCAGGCCAAAAACCAAGGACUUCUGUCUGCCUCCCUGCGAUGCAGUAAGCCGAACUUCCAAAGAGUGGCUACUUGACAAGGACAAGCCUCAGCCUAUGGUGAACUCAGACUCGGACGCAGAGCGUCCAUCCUGCCGCUGCACAUGUAAGGACGGCAAGACCUGUGCGCACUGUCGCAUCCGCAAAUUGUGCGAGGAAAUCUUCAAUAACGAAGUCGAUGCAAAGAAAAGGGCAGAGCAGGAGAGAGCCCUGAGCCUCAGACGUUAUCCCGAUCCGCGCUCCAGUGAAGACUUUUCCUUGAUUCCGGGGCCGGAAGACGACGACCGCCCUUACCUCUCGAGGGUCUUCUCCGAAAUGAAGAGCCUGUAUGCCCUGCACGACACCAAGAAGAUCAAUGCCAUUCGUAAGCGCUGCAAGUCCGAGACACUGCUGACCAUGAGAUCUGCGCCUAGUCUGCACCAGACACAGCACAGUAGACUUAAUGCCCAAGUCAGAGAAUCCAUUACUCGGCAGAAGGCUGGCCAUAAGCACUGCUUGCCGCCAGACCCCAUGGUGCCGCGGAACCAUGGCUGGAAUUGGUCACAAAGCCACGAGGCCAGGAAGCAUGGCUGGCGACCAGGAGCUAUCCGGCGGGCGGCCGUGCAAGUGAUGCGAUUCUUCCUUACCUCCAAGGAGGACAGCCAGAUCCCUGCCGAAUGUGAGCAACUGCAGGAACAAGACUCACCAGUCCUUAAUAUUUGCAAGCGGGAUGGUGAGAUCUUUGUCACCUUGCGCCCGCUGGCCAGUCUAGGAGUUAGACAGAAGCCCAUCAUCUUCAGGAUCGUGAAGAGCCACCUGGCGGUGGCCCUGCGCCAGAUUAAGCGUGCUCUCAAGGAUCAGGGCUUUGAGAAGUGCACCUGCCACAAUUCCCUCAUGCUCUGCACCUGUCGCGACGCCCUCGAGAAGUUCGAGCUGAACAAGGCGCUCCGGAGGGAGUGCCGGCGUCGGCUCAUGGAACCAUGUCCAGAGCACCUUGUACUCACCGACACCAGUGUCAGCGACCUGGAGUUCAACCUGGAUGUCCAUCCGCCGCCUAGAAACUACAGAUCCCAUAUUAAGGCCAUCCGGAACUCGGUAAACCACGCGACUCAGACAUCCAAGACGGACGCGUUGCCACCGCCGCCAAUGUACCCCAUGCGGGUAUCACCCUAUUACCAGGAUUUCGAUUGCGCUCUCGGAGAUCGCUACAUGGGAACGACUUUCGGCUUACCGGGCGAGGACGUCUUCGAAGAUGGCGUUUUCGGAUUGAGGGGAGGCGGGCCCCACGGUCCAAAUCCUAUGCCCUGCGGUCGAACUAUGCCAACGAAUAUGUGGGGUACAGCAGAUGGUGCAGUUGUUGGAGGAGCUGGUGGACGCGGACGUAGGCAAGUACCCAGCAGGGCUGGACCCGGACCCUGGAAGGACUUUCCAGGUAAGGCCGGAAAGGGAAAAGGUGGGAAAAGCGAUCCUAUUCCGGAGCGGUAUCCCAAACGAUUGCUGAAACCCGCCCAGGAUGCAGCCAAGGCGGCCAAACAGGCGGAAAUGGAUGCUGCGGCAAAGAAAAAGAAGGGCACCGACAUGCUUAAAUACCUAAAGGCAAAGGACACUUUGGUGCGUCCAAGGCCUCCCAAGCGCACUAAACGGGAACCUGGAGGUCUUACUCUGUAACCCUGCAAAUUGAAAAAUUAUGUACAUUCAAAAGAAACGUGAAAUAAACUUAUAAGACAAAUAAUUAA